AUGUCCAUUCAAGAAGGCCAGAAUUGAUCUCAGUUGCCUAAUUUAGAUGUCCAAAAUAGAGAUCAAGCUAUUGUUAAUCCUUCUGAACAAUAUUAAAAUUGCAGCUAAGAGAUAGGUCCUGUAUACCUGCUCCGCAGGUUGGGUCUAUACUCUAGCUUAUGUGACAGAGGUUGAUCCUCUUGAGAGUCUAGAGUGAAGUGAAGAGGUCAAUGCUGAGUCUGGUGUUGAUCGAGGAGUCUUGAGUGUGAUUUAUUAGCAUUAACGGUUUGACGGUUAGGAAGGUCCACCUACCGUUAUUCAAAGCUGUUAAUUAAGUUGGACCUCACUGAAGGAGAUGUAUAAAAAGAGAUUUUUCUAUAAAGUUAAAGUUAAAGUUAAUCCUUCUGAUAUAGAAGAAAAUAGCAACGCAGAACCUUAUUAUGAAGAAUCUGUCUACCAAAAAUUGGUCAGGCCUUGCAACAGAUAUGAUGAGUUUAUGGGGAAAUUUACUGCCAAUGGGUCAAUGCCACCUCCUUGUUUGGCUCAAUAUUUCGUAAAAGAACAAAAAGUAUCCAAUCCAAGGUUCCUCAGAUUUACAUGCACAAACUGCUCUCUUAAUGAAAAUAUACAAUACAAUAUCGGAAUUCCUCUCGGAGCAAUUUGGCAGCCUUUUGCAGAACUCUCACCUGAAGAUGAUAAGGUACCUUUAAUAGAAAGAGAACCUCUUAGAUGCACAAACUGUCUUGCUUAUAUGAAUGCACAUUUUAAAUUUUCUAAUAAUGAUUUCAAAUGCAAUAUAUGCGGAUAUGUACAAAAAUAUUCUAAAGAAUACUUUAAAUCUCAAGGCUCAUUUCCAGAAUUCAGCCGAGGAACUUAUAAGUAUCUAAUAUCAAAGGAAUUGCAGGGGAGCAUCGAUAAAAAUAUAUAUUAUUUGGUAUGCAUCGAUAUAACGAAUUUUUCUUUAGGGCUGGGUGUUUAUCAGCAAGUUUUAUCAUCAAUAAGAGAUAUUUUGAAUUAUAUCCCUAAUCCAGAAAUUGUAAAGAUUGGAAUCAUAACAUAUGACUCAUUUCUUCACUUUUUUAGUUUGAAUAACUCUCCUGAAAGUAUUCAAGAAGUCAUUGUUUCAGAUGAAAAUGAUCUAUUUAUCCCAUUCCAUUUUUCAUCACUAUGUUAUAAUGCACAAACCGAAAAAGAAAAGAUUGAAAAUUUAAUAGACAGUUUAUUGGGAUGAGAGUUCUCUGAAAUAAGUAAAAAUACUUUACCUGUUGCCACUAUUAUUGAUUUGGUUAAAAAUCAUUUUAAAGGAGAUGCUGCAUGCCGACUUCUUUUAUUUUCAAGUAAGGCUGAAAGUCUAAAAACAGAAAAAUUAAAUUAUUUAGGCUCUUUAGAGGAGUUCAUUAGGCUUGGUAAAGAAUGCACAGAAAAUUCUCUAUGUGUUGAUUUAUUUUUAUUUACUCCCCCCUCUCUGAGCGAAAAGAUAUUUUGUUCGCUCAUAAGGGGAUUGAGGGGGUUAAUUUUUUUUAAAAAAAUUCAAAUUCGUAAAAUUGAGAAGUAAAAAUUAAUUUAAUUUGUAAAUUAUUUUUUAAAUGCGAACUGUUUAAAAUUAAAUAGAAAUGUUAGAGGUUUCAUUAUAAUAAUUAUCACUUAUAUAUCAAAAUAUUUUUUAUAAAAAAUGUUUUUCCUCGCUCCUAAAAUUAAGAAUUUUUCCAAUGGUUUUGUCUCACUCACGAGGGUGGAUUAGUAAUAGCGUGGAUAUUUCUUCUCUAGCAACGCUUUCUUCACAAACUGGCGGAGAUAUCUAUUAUUACCCAAAAUAUUUAUCAAAAUAUGACGGUGAAAAACUUUAUUACCAGUUAUUGAGGAUAUUUACUCGACCACAAGUUUUUGAUGCAAAUAUGAGAAUCCGAUGCAGCAUAAAAAUGGCUAUUGAUGAUUGUAUUGGGAAUUUUAUAAAGAAAAGCCCAGUUGAAAUGCAAGUGGCUGCUAUUGAUAGUGAUAAAUCUAUCGGAAUAAUGCUUAAAUAUGAUGGAGUGCUUGUAGAAAAUGAAAAAGUUUAUCUCCAAUGUGCAAUUUUAUAUAGAAAUAAUUUAGGACAGAAAAUUUUAAGAAUUUAUAAUGGACUUAUGAUUGCAGAUGAGAAUUCAAAAUUUACACAUACUGAAUAUGGAGAUUUGGACACAAUUAAUAACAUCUUAGUUAAAAAGUAUGCAAAAAUGAUGUUUGAAAAACAACUGCAAAAUGUGAAGAGUGAUUGAUAUAAUUUCAUCUAUAGAGUCACUAAUUAUUAUGGAUGGGUUAUUUCAGGCGCAGGAUCAGAUGUAUUAAAACCACAUUUUGUUGAUAUGCUGCCCUUAUUUUACAAUACAGCAAAUAAACUUGCAGGACUUUCAUUUAAUCAAUCUAUAUCAGAUGACAUUAGGCUGGUGUCUUCAUUUUCUUUAUAUUCUAUAUCUUCAUCAAAGCUACGUCUUUUAUUAUAUCCAAAUAUUUAUAAACUGCAUGACAUAAUGGCUCAGCCCCGCCUUCCUGGGACUGCCUCGAGCUCAACUACAAUUUAUCUACCUGAUACUGUGCCUUGUAAAAGGGAAAGCUUAUCUCCUGAAGGGGUUUAUUUGCUUGCAAAUGGAGAUAUAAUUGUUAUUUUUAUCGGGAAAAAUGCACCAGAAGAAUUUUUAAUUAAACUAUUUGGGAAGCCUUUAGAUCAGCUGAGUAAAGAGGAAAUUGAUAUAAAAAAUAUAGGAACUGAAGAAUCAGAAAGAAUUUCUUUAAUCAUAAAUGAAUCACGAAUAAAAAAUCCAAAUGGAAUACCUCCUCUUUAUUUUUAUUUACUCCCCCCCCCCUCCGUGAGUGAACAAAAAAAUUUUGUUCACUCACGGAGGGGGAUUAAUUUUUUUUUUUUUUAAAAAUUUAUAUAUAAAAUUUUAUAAAAAAUAUUUUUUUUCGAAAUUUAAAAAAAUCCUAAUUCGCAAAAAUUGGAAAGCAAAAAUUAAUUUAAUUUAUAAAAUUUAUGUUGUAAAAAGCAAUUCGUUCGAAAUUAAACAGAAUUAGCUCUAGAUUUCAUUAUACUAAUUAUAAUUUAUAUAUCAAAUAUUUUUUCCAUAAAAAAUUUUUUUCUAUUAAAAAAAUUUUUGUUCACUCACGGAGGGUGGGUUUUUUGGGCAAAAAAUAGCGAUUUUUCUAAUGGUUUUGUUCACUCACGGAGGGGGGGGAGUUAGAAGAAAAAGAUAACUAUGAACUAAUAAAACAAUUUAUGGUGGAAGAUCAAAACGGAAAUGAAACAAGUUAUGAAUUAUUUGUAGAAAAUAUAAAUUCUUUGGUGCAGUAUUAUGAAGAUUAA